UGGCCACGUGAUCCCUUUCAAAGAUGGCCGCCCUGUUGUUUUGAUGAAUAAUACUUGGUGGGGCGAGGGGGAAAGAGUAGGGGUGGAGGGGUAGGAGGAUUUACUCUUCCAGCGAGAGCUACGCGCGUCCCAUCCUCCCCCUCCCCCCUACCCGGACUCCGGCGUGGAGGCGGGGCGUGGCCGGCCUGCUUUGGGAGGGGAGGGGCUUCCCUUCCAGUGCUGGGCUCUGCCAGGACGGCUGUGGGGUCGCCUUACCUCAGGGUAUCCACUCUGCAGUCGACUAGUUCCCGCCUGGGGCAAAGGGUAGGAAGGAGAGCAGGAUCUGCUGUAGGAAACGCAGCUACCACGCCACCAUCACGAAGACACAGCAGACUCGGGGCACGAGACGAGCUGGAGACCGUGCUGCCUAGUCUGGGUAACCGGGGAAGCAGAGGGUAGUAAGUGGCGCCUUAAGAUAACCCUGUAGCAGCAGCAGUGGCGGCCAAAGGAGGCUGCUCAGGGAACAAGCGGCUGUAGCAGUCUCUGGGGCGAUUGGAGUGACUGAAGCCAAGGCAGUUCAGUGCCUCUCGUGUUCUUAUUUUUUAACCUCUGACUAUGCAAUUCUGAAACCUCCCCCAUUCGGGGGACCAGACAUCCUGAUAGACACCUUCCACUCUCCUUCCUCCCGCCGUGGUCUCGAGAACAGAAGGAUCUCUCCCUAACGCCUUUCACCAUUAAGAGGAAAGCGAUGGAGGAGCUGAGCGCUGAUGAGAUUCGACGGAGGCGCCUUGCACGACUUGCUGGUGGACAGACCUCUCAGCCGACCACCCCACUCACUUCUCCCCAGAGGGAGAACCCCCCGGGGCCUCCCAUAGCGGCAUCAGCCCCAGGACCCUCUCAGAGUCUUGGUCUUAGUGUCCACAACAUGACCCCAGCUACCUCCCCAAUAGGUGCAUCAGGUUUAGAUAUUAUCUCUGAUGACAAGAUGAUUAAGACUGAAUUUGGUUCUGCUGAUUUUAUGAAUUUGUCAGACUUUGUCAUGUCCCAGGUAGAUGUGGAUUCAGGAAUUGAAAACAUGGAGGUUGAUGAAAAUGAUCGAAGAGAAAAACGGAGCCUCACUGAUAAGGAGCCUUCCUCAGGCCCUGAAGUAUCUGAAGAGCAGGCCUUACAGCUGGUCUGUAAGAUCUUUCGUGUCUCUUGGAAGGACCGGGACAGAGAUGUCAUCUUUCUUUCUUCGCUUUCUGCACAGUUUAAGCAGAACCCAAAAGAAGUGUUCUCCGAUUUUAAGGACUUGAUUGGUCAGAUUUUAAUGGAAGUGCUAAUGAUGUCCACUCAGACUAGAGAUGAAAACCCAUUUGCCAGUCUGACAGCCACAUCACAGCCAAUUGCUGCAGCAGCACGGUCACCAGACAGAAAUCUCCUGCUAAACACUGGCUCCAAUCCGGGAACAAGCCCCAUGUUCUGCAGCGUGGGUUCCUUUGGUGCCAGCUCUUUGUCUAGCCUCUAUGAAACUAGUCCGGCUCCCACCCCCAGUUCCUGGAGCUCUGUGCCCGUGAUGGGCCCGUCUUUUGCCUCACCUUCCCGUGCAGCCAGCCAGCUGGCUGUGCCUUCCACUCCCCUCAGUUCUAGUGCAGCCUCUGGAACUGCUGCAGGAAGCCAGCCCCCAUCCCCGCGGUAUCGCCCCUACACUGUCACUCACCCAUGGGCAUCCUCAGGUGUCUCCAUUCUGUCAACCUCCCCAAGUCCCCCUGCUCUCACCAGUAACCCCCAAGCAGUGCCCACCAGCAGUUCCAGACAGAGGCCCAGCAGCACGGGUCCACCCCUACCACCCGCCUCACCCAGUGCCACGAACAGACACCCCUCCUCCCUGAGGAUCUCUCCUAGUUUGGGAGCCUCUGGUGGAGCAAGUAAUUGGGAUUCCUACAGUGACCAUUUCACCAUUGAAACCUGCAAAGAGACAGAUAUGCUGAACUACCUCAUCGAGUGUUUCGACCGAGUUGGAAUAGAGGAAAAAAAAGCACCAAAGAUGUGCAGCCAGCCAGCAGUCAGCCAGCUUCUGAGCAACAUCCGCUCGCAGUGCAUAUCCCAUACUGCUUUAGUACUACAAGGCUCCCUGACACAGCCCAGGUCCUUGCAGCAGCCGUCCUUCCUAGUGCCGUAUAUGCUGUGUAGGAAUCUCCCAUAUGGCUUCAUUCAGGAACUGGUGAGAACCACUCACCAGGAUGAAGAAGUGUUCAAGCAGAUAUUUUUCCCCAUUUUACAAGGCCUGGCUCUUGCUGCCAAAGAGUGCUCCCUCGACAGUGACUACUUUAAAUACCCCCUCAUGGCACUAGGUGAGCUCUGUGAAACCAAGUUUGGGAAGACACACCCUGUGUGCAAUUUGGUGGCUUCUUUGCCGUUGUGGUUGCCGAAAUCCUUAAGCCCUGGCUGUGGGCGGGAGCUGCAGAGACUCUCUUACUUGGGGGCUUUCUUUAGCUUCUCAGUCUUUGCAGAAGAUGAUGUUAAAGUGGUUGAAAAAUAUUUCUCAGGGCCUGCCAUUACCCUGGAAAACACUCGAGUGGUUAGCCAAUCAUUGCAGCAUUACUUAGAACUCGGAAGGCAAGAGCUUUUUAAGAUUCUGCAUAGUAUUUUGUUAAAUGGUGAAACUCGCGAGGCCGCUCUCAGUUACAUGGCAGCCGUCGUCAACGCCAACAUGAAGAAGGCGCAGAUGCAGACAGAUGAUAGAUUAGUGUCUACAGAUGGAUUUAUGCUGAAUUUCCUUUGGGUACUACAGCAGCUAAGUACAAAAAUCAAGUUAGAAACAGUUGAUCCCACGUAUAUUUUUCACCCACGAUGUCGAAUUACUCUUCCAAAUGAUGAGACACGUGUGAAUGCAACAAUGGAAGAUGUGAACGACUGGCUGAAUGAACUCUAUGGCGAUCAGCCUCCAUUUUCUGAGCCGAAAUUCCCUACGGAGUGCUUCUUUCUCACCCUGCAUGCUCACCACCUCUCUAUUCUGCCUAGUUGCCGUCGCUAUAUCCGCAGACUCCGGGCUAUCCGGGAGCUCAAUAGGUAUCGCAAAUGUUGCCCAGCUGGGCGUACAACAGUGCGGACCAGCUUCCGGCAGCACUACCAUCUCCACGUGCAUAUAGCCUACUCAACUUACGACCAAAUCGUGUUACGACCAGUCUGUCGUAUGGGCAUCCUGCUUCCACAGAAACUGGUACGGUGCAAGGCCUGUGCUGAUGCUGGCCUGCUUGACGAGAGCUUCCUGAGAAGAUGUCUGAAUUUUUAUGGCCUUCUCAUUCAGCUGCUGCUCCGAAUCCUGGACCCCGCGUAUCCCGAUAUAACACUGCCUUUAAAUUCAGAUGUCCCCAAGGUAUUUGCAGCAUUGCCUGAGUUUUAUGUAGAAGAUGUUGCAGAAUUUUUAUUUUUUAUUGUACAAUACUCUCCCCAGGCGCUUUAUGAGCCCUGCACUCAGGAUGUUGUGAUGUUCCUUGUCGUGAUGUUGUGCAACCAGAACUACAUCCGAAACCCAUAUUUGGUGGCCAAACUUGUAGAAGUCAUGUUUAUGACCAACCCUGCUGUUCAGCCACGAACCCAGAAGUUUUUUGAAAUGAUUGAGAACCAUCCUCUCUCUACCAAGUUGUUGGUACCUUCCCUGAUGAAGUUUUAUACAGAUGUUGAGCAUACCGGAGCCACCAGCGAGUUUUAUGACAAGUUCACAAUUCGCUAUCACAUUAGCACCAUUUUUAAAAGCCUUUGGCAAAACAUAGCUCACCAUGGCACCUUUAUGGAGGAGUUCAAUUCCGGGAAGCAGUUUGUUCGCUAUAUAAACAUGUUGAUAAACGACACGACAUUUUUGCUCGAUGAAAGUCUGGAGUCUCUGAAGCGAAUCCAUGAGGUGCAGGAAGAGAUGAAGAACAAAGAACAGUGGGACCAGUUGCCCCGGGAUCAGCAGCAGGCCCGUCAGUCUCAGCUUGCUCAGGACGAGCGCGUGUCCCGCUCUUACCUCGCCCUGGCCACCGAAACCGUGGACAUGUUCCACAUCCUUACGAAGCAGGUCCAGAAACCCUUCCUCAGACCGGAACUUGGACCCCGAUUGGCUGCAAUGCUGAACUUUAAUCUUCAGCAACUCUGUGGCCCCAAGUGCCGUGACCUGAAAGUUGAAAACCCUGAGAAAUACGGCUUUGAACCAAAGAAGCUGUUGGACCAACUGACGGAUAUUUACUUGCAGCUGGACUGUGCUCGGUUCGCGAAAGCCAUUGCUGACGACCAGAGAUCCUACAGUAAGGAAUUGUUUGAAGAAGUUAUUUCAAAGAUGCGGAAGGCAGGGAUCAAAUCUACAAUAGCGAUAGAAAAAUUUAAGCUGCUGGCCGAGAAGGUGGAGGAGAUAGUGGCCAAGAACGCACGCGCAGAAAUCGACUACAGCGACGCUCCUGACGAGUUCAGAGACCCUCUGAUGGACACCCUCAUGACUGACCCCGUGCGACUGCCCUCCGGCACCAUCAUGGACCGCGCCAUCAUCCUGCGGCACCUGCUCAACUCCCCCACGGACCCCUUCAACCGGCAGACGCUGACAGAGAGCAUGCUGGAACCAGUGCCAGAACUGAAAGAGCAGAUUCAGGCGUGGAUGAGAGAGAAACAGAACAGCGAUCACUAAACCGUCCCCACCGCCCACCCUCUGCUAGACACAGCCAAGGCCAACGAGGCGGGCAGAAGCGGCGGCCGCGGCGAAGCUGCAGUUCACGUGUUGGAGGCCACGUGUGGCAAACCACCCCAGGCCCACCCAGAGCCAGCAAACACUGAGACCUGAAAGCACAUGGAUGAGAAGAGGAGCCCGAUUCCUGUACAUAUAUUUAAGUGACAAACACGGUCAAAAGCUUAAGGGACAAGUUUCAUGGUUACGUGUGUAAUAAAGCACGUCCUUCUUACGUCACAGUUUGGGGCAACGGAAAUCUUUUAGUGAUGGCUAAUGGGUCUGGGCAGCAUCCCUUCAUGAAUUCUUUUUUAAUCCAAUAUCCGUUGAUUUGAUUGUGAUUAGAGAACCUUGGACAUUUUGCUGCUAAAGAAUCUUUUCUCCCCUCUUCCCCCCUCCUGACCCUACUUGCACUGCUGUGGAUUUUUUUAAGAGAAGCAAAAACAAAAAUAAACUCCUUUCCCUGGCCCUCCAAACAUAUAUCCUGUGAGGUAACUGUGCCUGCUACCAAGUGUUAAUCCUGGGAUCGUAUUUUUAUAUCAUAUUCACAUAUUUGUUUUUUUAAUUGGUGUUAGAUGACAUGAUUAAUAAAAAAGGCAAGAUAUUUUCAGAAUUUGAAUUUCAGUUUUUUUUUCUUUUGAAACGUCCCUUUAAGAUUUUUUUAUUCUAAACAAAAUAAAAUCUUGCUGCUCUGGUCCUUAUAAUAAGCCCUCUCUUAGGAAUCUGAGGAGCAGUUGCAGCAAAAUCUAAGGGGUGUAAGUGUAUCAGGAUUUACGUGACAUACGGUAUUCUGGGGAGAUAAGGGUUGGGUUUUUUUUUUAAUGCUAUAUGACAGUUCGAAACCUUUACAGUUAUCCUCUGGAGGUAAUUGAAUUCCUCAACCCUUGGGUGUGUGAGUUUGAGGCAGGGUCAUUUGUAUGAUGUGUUUGGCCUUACCAAAGCAAAAGAGGGUGCAGGGAUGUGGGAGUAUGUCUGCCAGUUUAAACACACACAGACAAACACAGCCACACGCGCACACAAGUAUGAGACUUUUUGUAUUACUGCUCCCUACUUAACAUACUUGAAUUCUUGAAUUUCCUUUGGGGUUAAAAAGGAUUUGAAACCAUAAAGUGUUUUGAAGAAAUUAAGUCUCUAAAAAAACAUACUUUCUUUUUUCUUUUCCUUUUUUCCCUCCUCCACAGACAAUGUCCUCUGUUCAAUUCCUAACGCAAACUACAAUAAAUGGUGAUACACAUUCAGAAGAAA